AUGUCAGAUGAAGAUAUUAAUGCUACCGAAAACGAUGUUGAGGUCAACACAACCGAGAAUUUGAGCGAGGUUCAGUGGGAAAAUUUCUAGUUUUGCAACAUGCUGUGCUUUAGGAAGAUGCGCUGAAGGAGGAGAUCCGCCGUUUCACCGGCGCCGUGUCGGAUCCGAGUGUCCGAGUUCACGGAAUGUCGUACACUUCGGUGACGAAGCUCGUGGAGCGUUCCGAGGCGAUUCCGCCGCAAUUUGUAAAGGGACUCGUGAAAUUGAGUGUGAGCAGCUCGAUUCGCAUCUACGGACAGCCCAAAUCGUUCCAGGUUCGUUUUCUAGCCGGAAGUUGGCUUUUUCUUGUAUUUUAACCUAAAAACUGUAAAAAUCGUUUUUUUUUCAGUAUGUGGCCCGUCUGCUUCACGCGCUCGCCAAACGAGACCCCCUGACAACUCUCAAGUCUCUGCUCCAAACCAUCGUUGCCGCGCUUCCGAUCGCUCCGAAUCUCAGCGAAUCGCAGGCACUCUCCCAGUUGCCCACCGCCAAAUGGCUUCUGACACUUUUGGCGCACGGAGCACACGAGGACGCCGCCGAAAUCGUCGCCGCCCUGGCCACAAUCUCGUAUUGGAUGGCGGGAAGUGCGAAGGCGUGGAGAAUUUUCAGCAGAAAACUGAAAAACGUUGUCAAGUCCAGUGUGAAUCUGGGGAAAAUGAUUGAAGCGCAGGCGGGCGCCCUCGGAAAAGAGCAUCCGGAGAAGACGAUCGCUCUGCUGUCGGCUAUGGCUCAGGCGGAGAACUCGGCGAUUCUGCCCGCCGUUUUCAUGGAUCUCCUGACUAAAUCCAUCCUGCUUCCGAAGCUCAGACCCCCACAAUUUCUGGUGGAACGAACGUCGUCUUUUGUGAAAUUUCUGAGCGAGAAGGACUUUAACGAAAAUCUCCUGCCGAACAUCAAGAAAUCGUUGCUGCGCUCUCCGGAAGUCGCCAUCUACGGAAUUUUGGCCGUCGUCGAAAACGUCGAGUUCUCUUUGGAUCCCUCGUCGGCCGAUCUUCUCAAAUCGACGACCGGAUCGCUGCAGUCGGCCGACGAAUCCGUUCGCGACGCGGCAAUUUCCAUCGCGGUCGCGCUCACGGAACGGGCGGCUCCUCCGGUGAUCGCGCGUGUUGUCAACACACUUUUCGAUCAAUUUUCGGCUGCAAAAGUACCUGAAAAUAAGAUCGCCCUGCUGCAAGGCGUGGCGAGAGUUGCUCAUGUGGCUCAGAAUCAGGAUAUUGACAAGAUUGCCGAUGAUGUGCUUGCAAAGACUGCCAAGGCCGAUAAAGAUAGUAAGUAGAGCGGAAUUUAUUGUAAGCGUUGAAAAGGACCUUGACUUUGCAAAGUUUUCAGUGAGAGCUACAGUUCGGUUCGAAAAAACUUGAAAUCCUGAACUUUUCCAGGCUUCCCGGGCUUGUAUUUAGGCUGCAGCUGUCGCUAAAUAUUGACCAAUCCUAGUCUGAUAAAUUUGCGAAAAUAGGCCCACAAAAGCCACAAGACUUCUAAUAUUCUACCAUUUCAGCGCACGACGGAACAGUGGAAGCCCAAUGGUCGGCAGCAGUCGAAUGGGCCGGCCGUCUGAGCAAACCUUCACCGGCUCUCACCACCGCGUUCAAAGAAGCGGCCAAACUUCAGCCGGCCGUCCGAUACAUUGCCUUCAGAGCACUUUCAGACAUUCAACAGAAAAGUAUCGCCUUUUUAGUCGGAAAAUAGGGUAAAUUGAACAUUUAAGGAUCGAUGGCAGAUCUUCCGGACGGUGUGGACGUGAAACCGCUGCUCGCGGAGCUCGAAACAAGCCCGAAAGGGGAGCUCAGCUCCAUCGGACUGGCUAUUCUCGUGCUGGGCAGCAGUAAGAAGGGCUCAAUUGAGCACACGAAGGCGUGGAGUCGGGCGGCGCAUGCCGAGUCGCUUUUCAAGGUUAGACAGACGACAAGAUCAGCAAAAUGGGCAAUCAUUCUGAAAAAAUACGAAUCUGUCAUCUGCAUAGGUGUCUUGAGUUGAGAGCCGGCAAUUCGCGACAGGCGAUUGGGAGACUCCUGGUUCGGAAAAAAAUUUUGGCAGUGUCCAUGGGGUCUUCUUUUCGUAAACACAUUUAAAGAUUCUGCCACAAUUUUUCAAUUUACCCCUUUUCCAAGUCCCUUAGUGUCUUUCGACUUUGUAGACUGCAUACAGAUGACCACCACAAGAAUCCCAUGCCCCCAUCCAUUCCUGCCCUUGUGCUCGUCACCCAAUCUCACACUGUUCUAAGAGCAAUUAACCGCCGCCCAGAUUCCAGUGCUCUCCCCCACUCUGUCCGUCAUCAUUAUUCUAGAAAUUGCUCAGUACUAGAUGGGUAUCUACACACACACACACACAUGUUCGGUGCAUGCACUUCGCCAGCUGCCCCGCGCGCUGACCACCCAAUGACGUCAUGUCCUCCGUGGUGUGAUGGUGGCGGAGAACCGACGAUGAACACAGCACAGCAGACGGGUUUACUGCGUGCCCAACAGACGCACGUAGUCGGUCAGGGUCCCGUUUAGGAGGUCAUCUGGGGCCGGCUGAGGACGGACCGGCGUACAGAUGUGAGAAACGAUGGAAUGGACGCGAAAAGAUAAUAUUUGAUUUUAGACGGAAGCUUGUCGAAAUCUAGAACUAGAGAAUCUUCAGGAUCCUUUUCUCCCGCCCCUUUUUCCAGGGCUAGGCAAUUAGCCGGCACGGGCUUUUCGUUGGCCGGCCCUUGACCUGGACUUUUGAACCACAUGCAAUAUUCCGAUCGGACCCAAACUUUGCAGGCUUCUUGGACAUGGGUUGAAGCAUAUUGGGACCAAGUUUCAGCCCGAUCGGAUUAUUUGGUCCCGAGAAAUGUGGAUCAUUGGUCGAAAUUGGCCGGAAGCCCGGGCUUUUUGGAAAAAAACGGCCAAUGAUCCACAUAUCUCGGGACCCGACGAUCCAAUCGGGCUGAAACUUGGACCCAAUGGCCCUCAAUCCAAGUCCAACAAUCCUGCAAAGUUUGGGUCCGAUCGGAAUGCUGCAAGUGGUUCAAAAGUCCAGGUCAAGGGCCGGCUAACGAAAAGCCCGUGCCGGCCAGUUGCCCAGCCCUGCCUUUUUCGGAUACCUAUGUUAUUAAUAGCAAAGAGAUCAAACGAAUUGUUCAAAAAACCCAUCUGUCAUAUAACGACAAAAGAACAAAUAGGUGCCGUCCUCGCAAUUAUGCUUCCGCGAACCGUACUGAAAUCCACUGAUCGGAUUAUACAUACGCGGAUCAUUUGAAGAAAUAACAUAUGGUCCGACAGGUGGAAAUGCUUUUCGGAAAUUUUGAGCAUUCUAAUUAGAAUUAUAAGAGCGGUGAGUGAUUAAAAAGGGAUUAUCCGGGAAUUAUAAUUGACAAGUAGAAAAUUGAGUGUUGUUCAGGAGAAAUCGCUGGCGACGACGAAAUGGCAAGAAGCGGUUGCGUGGGCGAAACUCGCCGAGCUCGUCGUGCUCCAACGUCCAGUCGUGAACAAAUCGGCGGCUCCGUCGUACUCUUCCUCGGCGCUCAAGUCGCUCUCCCUACUCCUCUUCUGGCCACACUGGAAAGUUCGACAGCAGGCGUCGAAAAGUCUCCUCAACAUUCUCUCGGUCGAAAAGGCGCUGUUCGCCGAGGCGCUCGCUGAUCUCAUCUACUCCGACACGGCGAACGGAACGAUUGACGGACUUUUGAGACGCGUCCCCUGUUGUCCGACGCCUUCGGAAUGGCAAGCGCCCGGCGAGUGGUACGUGCAGACGCUGAAAUUGUUGUUGACGCCGAAGGGACCGGAACUCGACAAGCUGGCGAUUCAUACCCUCCUGCUCGCUUCUGUGCAACGAUUGGUCGAGGUGGACGGGUCGGUGUGGCUGAGAUGGGUCCACGAACAUCGCGAAUCGAAGACAUGGCAGGCGAGUGAGCAGUUCAGAGAGACUGCCAUUCAGAGGGUGCUCGGAUGUGAGCACAGGGGCAUCAGGUAAGAGCGGAGACAUUUGAAAGGGUCUAAACUUUGAACGGACUUUGAAUUGAGGGAUUGACGAAGAUUCAUCUGAAAAGGCCGAAAUUCCUCAACUUUUUGGCCUAAUAUCUCCAGAUCUGAAUUGUGGGAUGCAUUCUUUCAUAAAAAUGUAAUCAAGUAAUGGGCGAUACAAUUUUUUUUUUCACUAUUCUUAUUUCAAUGAAAAGAGCUCACUCUGUUGUAUAUUUUGUCAGUUAAUCACAUUCUAUUGACAGGAAUGCAUUCCGUGUUGUUCCGUGUUGUUCCGCUCAACUCAAAUCUGAGAAUAUUAGGCCAAAAACUGAAAAUUGGGGUAUUCGGCAUUAGCAGACAAUCUGAUCUGCUCGAAUUGAGCCGGAACUUUCGAGAAGUUGAAAGUUAGAGAUAGUAUAAUUGGCAAUUCGAAGCCGGUUGCUCUUCAGAAACACGGCCCUCAUCACUCUGAUCGCUUUGCACGACGAGCGUCUCCGCGCGGAUCUCUGGAAACACGUGGAAUCGAACAUUCACGAGCUCUCCGUCGCCGAAUACACGCGCGUCACCGACAAGGAAAUAGCCGUGUACAAGUGCGCCGACGGACAGCUCUACAACACGGCCGUGCUCGAUUUGUGCGUCUUCCGCAUUUGAUUAACAUCCACUUAAUUCUCAUCAUUUUCUUUUAGCGACGAAGCCGCCGGAAUCAAAGGUCAAAAGGGCGCGAGUAUUCAGGAUCAGCUCGCCGAGAUUCAGCUCAUGUAAACGACAGUUUGGGGAGCAUUUUUGAAAUUGUCUUAAUUUCCAGUCGCGAGCUCGCCGAGAAGCGGAGAAAAGAGGGAAAACUGUCGGCGAAGCAGAAGCAGGUGAUGGACAAGGAGUUGGCGAGCGAGAAGGAGACGAGGAAUGCGCUCGCGGAGCUGUUCCAAUCGGCAGAAGCCAAGUUGGACGAGGCCAGGGCUAUGGUUGUCGCCGAUCCGGCAGGAGCCUUUGCCAGGUAAGAAGUACGGUCUAGUCGGUAGAUCCGCUGGCUUCUCAUUAAUUUCAAUGUUCUUCCCGUGUUCUGGAUCAUUCUGAAAGUUAUUUGGAAAAGAUACCUGCAUCCAGUAUAAAUAAAAGGUGUCUUGAAACGAAAGUUAGCCAGGAAUGCUGACCUUUCGUGGCGAGACGCAAACUAUGGAGACCGCGGAGUUGAUAAUUUAAAACAGAAACUUGACCAAAAUUCAACGUACAUGUUCUUUCCAAAACGUCUAACGUUCCAGACCGCACAUCCUGUUCGACUACGCGAUGCCCCUCACCCGUUCUCUGCUCGUCGGCGAACAAUCCGCGCGUCUGUUCCUCGCCUACAGAGACGCCUGCUUUGAGCAUUCCGACGACUAUCUGGGUAAGUGUAUACAUUUGAAUGGGACAAUAAUUAGGUUCAAUGUGGUGUUUGUACAUUUGCGCUAUUGUUUCAUCGCGAAAAGAGUGGAAUUGGGUGUGUAACUUUAUUGGCCUCUCAAAGAUUACUUUUACAGCAUACUCUAGGGCUAGUUUGAAAGAUCUUGGGAAAUCUUGGGAUCUUUUGGCAAAAUCUUUCGAACCAUGCAAUUUGUUGAAAAAUUCGACCGAAAAUCGUUUUUGCCCCCAAGGCCAAUCGCUCUAUCUUUCUCUGGUUCUCAGUCGGUGUCGGACAUAUUGGUUGCCGCCUGAAGGACGUCUCGGUUCCAACAUGUGAAAUUCUCUUUCUCUCCUCUGUUACAACAACCUCCGUUGUUCCCCCGUCUUCAAAAAAUUUGAGAUUAAAACAAUGGCGCCGGCGGGGACGACGACGACGAUGUGAAGAAAUUGAUUGUUUAGGAGUGGGGGACUACUCAACACAUGAUGAUGAUGAUGAUGAAGAAAAGCGAAUUUUUGUUUAAUGUUUUGCUUCCUGCCUCUCUCUCUUUUCAUUUUUGAGACGAAUUGAGAGAUAGAAGGCAAAACGUAUAGUUGGUGUGUUCGCUUGCAGACAAAAAAUGUGGAGAGAAACCGGACACAGUAUUGUAUAGUAAAAUUGAUGGCAAUACAGCAUAAGAUGGCAGUGGCAGCAGUGGCAACAAGGAGUGUAAAGAAGUGUUCGAGGCGAGAUCUUAGGGGUUACCACACUGAUUUCAUAAAAACAGAUAUUUUAUGAGCAGUUUUUAGUUGGAGCGCCUCCGGAUACCGCUGAUUCAAUUUCCUGAAAGAUGCGGAACUCUAGAAGACAUAGUUAUAUACCAAACCGCCCAGGCUUUAGUUACCAAUGCAAGUAGCAACGUGUAAUUUGAUACUUCCUGAAAAAGUGACGAAUCCUCGAAGAAUCCAAUUCUUCCCAACGCUUCUUUCUUCGCCCCUCUCCUCCUCGUUUUUGCGCCUGAUAAUCAUUUAACGACGGCGACGAAACCGAAAAACGACGCACAAAUAUUUUCGAUGCGCCGCGCCCGAUCUGCUCCUCCCGUGAUUCGCCGCCUAUUUCCAUCCGCCUCGUCGCUCUCGCUCUUUCUCACUCACUCUUCGUCGCUAUCAAUUGCGGCGGCUCCGCCGUCGGGGCUCCGAUCAUCGCCAUCUAUCAGCCAACUGCUCCGCUCGGAGCACAGGGCGUCGCCUCCAAACUGCUCUUUCUAUCUAUUACAUUUUGCUCGUCCUCUUGUUGCGGCCUCGGCUCCAACACAUUCAUCAGAGACAGGGCAGCAGCAGCAGGCGACCGCUCACACAAACACACGACCCAAAGGUUGUGUGUUGCAUUCCUUCACGUUGUGAGUGUGAGCGUUGUGUGAGUGUCUGGUGAGCGGUUACGCAAAGGCCUCUACUGUACUCCGCAACGAGUGUGUCUCUUCCUCUUCUUCUCAUUCGUCUCUGCAUCCUCCUCACGUUGCCGUGUGGCAGUGCGGCACUCUCGCCGGAGACGGGCGGGUUGACCCACCGAAGCGCCGCCCACAUUCUGCCAGGUGUGCGCGGGAAACGCCCGCGGGGGAAGACUCCUCCCCGUUGGCUCGCCAUGAGACGUCUCCGCCAUCAGACAAACCAUUCAUUCAUUCGUGGUGGCAGCACGCAACCCAGUCGUCGACUAUUCUCCUUAUUCUCCCCCAAUUCCUGCUAGGCACGUUGUACUCGCACCGCCAGCUAUGACACCCUAGCGAGCCACCGAUCUGAUUCGCAAAGAGAUCGAUGUUUCUUCGGUGGCAUAGCUGGCGCGUUGCAGUCAGCUCGGAUCCAGAGAGCCUGCCAGGCAUGACACUGUUUUCUAUUUCGUCGGACCAUCGCCAAAGACGACAGGGACUCAGUGUCAUCGCCCGGCUCGCUUCUCGUCGUUUUUAACAAGUCAAGAUCCGAGCGCCGAGCAGUGUCCCCACUAUUCUGCUAGUCCUAUGAUACUCUAAUAUUCCUAUUCCAUCUACCGGGGACCUCGCCGGCUAUGACACAGGAGCCGGCUGAACCUGUUGUGGAUUCAGCCUGAUCCCGUGGCAUAGUCGGCGUGCGCCCCCGGACAUUGUUGAAAAAGUGACGAGGCGAAUGCGCCGUUCAUGACACUGUAUGCAUGGCUCUGUUGGACCGAACACGCGUUUUCAUACAGACAUGCAACGGUGUCAAGAAUGGCUUGCCGAGUCCUCGCCAGUGCGAGCGUGAGAGAAAGAGAGGUGGGCUCGCCGGUUAUGACACAAAAGCGUAUGGGACUUGCGGCCAGACAAUAGCUCCCAUAUACUUCUGUGGCAUAGUUGGCGUUUCCCCUGCAUUUGUUUUCUUUUAGAUUUCAUUGAUUAGUUGGCCCAUUGUGGAAGUGACUUCUGUCUGUGAUCACAUACUUUGAGAUCAUAGUAUCUCAAAGCCGGCUUACAAUAUCGACCAGAAAUACAGGACUGUUGCCAACAGAGCGGAGUGUGUUUUCUAGAACAUCAUGCAAAAGUAGUCCUUUUUAAAAAUUGAUUUCUUUCUUUAUUUAUUGUGAAGAGGACAUUGCCACUACCCAUAGACUGUGAUAAAGUUAUUGGCGUUAUCAGAAUCUACUAAAUAUACCUAAUUAUGUAUUAAUUUUAAAAGUCAAUUCCUGUUGUACAACAAUGCGUCUGUUAUUCUAGCCAGUUCACUCUUGUACUACAGUAUUUGACGUUGAAAUAACACAUAAAAUCAGAUAGAACUAUUCAGCGUAUUCCGACGACGUCAAACAUUUUACGAUAGUCUAUUCGGCCAUCCUCUAAAGGCCUACUUUGUAAAAUAAAAAUAUGUCCACUGAAUGCAUAUCAAGACUCCCCGCUGAUCAUUUUAAAACCUGAUAAAUAAACUCCAUUUGCAUGUGAGGCCAGAGUUUGCUGGAACCUUCCAGAACUGUUCAUUAGGCUUUGUAUUGAUAAUCCGAAUGGUCUGGACUCUGAAGUUUUUCGAUUUGUCUGUCAGCUUCUUCACUUGUUUUUGCCGACCAGGUUGAACAUAGUUGAACUGUUGAUAUUGCGUCGUCUGCGUGCUGAACACCAAAAACAAUAGUGCUGUACAACACAAAACAAAUAUCGUUUGAAAAAAAAUUGGUAUUCUCUUUACACUCAGGGUCUGUAAACAAAAAGUGACUAAUGACGAUUGUAAAGGGAGGACUGUAAAGGUCUUGUGACUCAUUAUGGACAUACAGUAAAAGGGAAUGGAAUUUGAACUAAGAAAUAGAAAAUAGGAACUGAUAGAAAAAAUGCCAAUUUUUUUUUCAGAAGAACUUGUGGGCAGCAAUUGGCUUCGAGUGAUCGGAGCGCAGCACAAAAUCGCCGGAUGGAGCGACGAGGCGCUGGACGUGGCGCUCAAAAGAAUGUUCUCGUUGCUCAACGAAAGAGCGUUCGUGGUCGACACCGGCGACGAUGACGCUGACGACGGCAUCGUUUUCGACGACGAAACCGUCGGAGCCACUCAUCUCACGCUUCUCUUCCCGAUGAUCCGCAUCAUUCUCAAGAACGCGCGGUUCGGAGAGAACGCGCGUGCGGACGCCCUCCAACUCCUUCAAUCGGCGAUUCAUAAAAAGUUCCUGCGGGAUCGAGACGUUCUGAACCUUCCCAUGGAGCACUACGCCUCGAUGCUCUUCGAAUACUUCUCCGAGCACACUUCCGCGGUUGCCGCCUUCAAAGCUGUUCAGCAACUGUUCCGUCUCGUCAACGAUACCAAUGAUAUCGGGGAAAGAGUGCUGGGAAUGGUGAGGGAGGUGCUCAACUAUGUGACCCAUGAGAAUCCGUCGGUGCGCAAGGCCAGUCUCGAGGUGUUGUCGGCUCCGCAGCUUCUGAUGCGAAUAAUUGUGGAGUGUGGAAGUGAGACGCCCAUCGCCAGAGAGAUCCUCGUCCGAAUCUUCGUCGCGCGUCACGAUCCCACGGAGCAAGUGGCGACGGUCGCCAAAAAAGUGUGGACCGACAAUCAUAUGCAGAUCAAGACCAUCAUUGGAUUGCCGCUUGUUGGUAUGCGAUUUUCAAAGAUUAUCUGACUUUUCACUAUUGUAGCUUGACCAAAUACUUGAUGUUUUUGACGAACUCUACUUGGAAAUUUGAAUUCUGUUUGCGCAAUAAUCACAUGUUGUUGUGUGGUAUAAUCCUAGACAACAACAUGGAUAUUGUUUAGCAUAAUUUUGACCUACAGUGGUAUUUGAACUACAUGGCGACAAGCUUCCUAUGUAUUUGUCAUCAUUUCUAGUUCCUAGAGUUAGAAAGGCUUGCAUUGAGUAUGUUUGAGUGAAGCUCGAGAGGCAGUUACUCUCGCAGGUAUUCUUAUCUAUUUUUUUCGUUAAUUUAAAAUUGAUCAUAGUGAAAGUUUCACUUAUCACUGUGAAAGGCUAGUGCCAAAAAGAAUGUUUUUUGGCUCCACACCUUCCAAUCCUUAAUUAAAUUCCAGAUGAAUGUGUUUCGCCGUCGCAACUGGUCCGCAACUCCUCCGCCCAGGCAAUGUCGACCUACAUCGAAGAGCAUCCGAAAGAGAUGAGCACAAUUCUCACAAAGUUCGACGAGACAUACAAGGACCUCGUACUCAUUCGCGAGCCCAUCUACGACAGUGUCGGACGUCUUCAACGCGAGGCCGUCGACGAGUGGGACCGUAGACGGGGCGUCGGCGAAGCGCUCGUGCCCCUCUCUUCUCUUAUUCGCGAGCAGGACGCCGAGCAGCUCAUCCGACUCGUUGCUCCCGACGGAUUGGCGGAUCGAUCGGUCGAGUGCCGGAACGAGUUGCGGAACGCAGCCGUGGAGACGAUCAGAAGGCACGGAGCCGACCGAAUGGCGCAGCUUCUUCCGUUCCUCGAGCAGCUCUCCGACUCGACGCCCUCCACGGAGGAUCACGACAAUCGGCGGCAGGGACUCGUCGUUCUGCUUGGAACACUCGCCCAGUACAUUCAGUCGACGGAUAAGGUGAAAUCUAUCGUGGCUCGUCUCGUGGAAGCCCUCUCGACCCCCAGUCAGACUGUCCAGGCCUCGGCGGCCCGUUGUCUGUCGCCGUUGGUGCCGAAGAUCAGACAAGACGCGAAGGAUCUCGUCAGCAAGCUCCAAUUUACGCUUUUCGAGGGAGAAUCCUACGGAGAACGUCGUGGAGCCGCGUACGGAAUCGCCGGACUCGUCAAGGGAAUGGGUAUUAUCGCUCUGCGAGACAUCGACCUUCUCCCGUCGAUCCACAAGAAUUUGGGCGAUAAAAAGAAUGCAAAGCAUCGCGAAGGAGGCCUUCAAGCGCUCGAGAUUCUAUCGAGCACAAUCGGAAAACUUUUCGAGCCGUACAGCAUCAAAGCCUUCCCAAAACUGCUCGAAACAUUCGGAGACGGAGAUGCGAACGUGCGCGCGGCCACCGAGGACACGGCGAAGGCGAUGAUGGGCUCGAUGACUGUGUACGGAACGAAACUGAUCCUUCCGCUCAUUCUCAACGGAAUCGACAACGAUUCAUGGAGGACUAAGUGUGCCGCGGUGAGCUUUUCGACUUUUGACGCGUUUGAUAUUAUUCAUAAUCUAAUCGGGCCCUAAUUUUGCUGGACAAUCUGAUGAUAGAUCUGAAUAAGUCUUAUGAUAUCUGAUCAGAUCUGAUUAAGUCUUAUGAUAUCUGAUCUGAUUGAUCUGAUUAAGUAAAUCAAAAAUCUCAGCUUCCCAUUUUCAGACCGAACUUCUCGGUUCGAUGGCCUACUGUGCUCCACGCCAGCUCUCCUCGUGCCUGCCGAACAUAGUGCCGAAACUCAUCGAAAUCCUCGCCGACUCGUCGACAAAGGUGCAAAAGUCGGGCGAGAAGGCGCUGUCCUCAAUUGCCAGUGUCGUCCGAAACCCCGAAAUCAUCGGAGUCUCCAACCAGCUGAUGAGCGGGCUUCUGGAUCCGGCCAACAAGACGAGCAGUGCCCUGCAGGCGGUGCUCAACACCAAGUUCAUCCACUACAUCGACGCGCCGUCGCUCGCGCUCAUGAUGCCGAUCGUGCGUCGCGCGUUCGAAGACCGCAACAGUGAGACGCGUCGCGUCGCCGCACAGAUCAUCUCCAACAUCUACUCGCUGACCGAGAACAAGGAUAUGGAGCCCUACCUGGCGCACAUGGUGCCCGGUCUUCAGCGUUCUCUUCUCGACCCAGUGCCUGAGAUUCGUGCGGUUUCUGCGCGUGCUCUCGGCGCCGUCGUCUCGAAAUCGGGCGGCACGACGAGCGAGAAUCUGCGCAACCAGGUCAUUCCGUGGCUCAAAGAGAAACUCGUCUCGCCACAAUCCACCGUCGACCGAAGUGGUGCCGCGCAGGGAUUGUGCGAGGUGCUCGCCGGAGUCGGCACUGAGCAGCUCGAUUACGUCAUGCCCGAAAUUAUCCACGCGACGGAGAGCACCGAAGUGUCCGCGGAGACACGAGACGGUUACAUCCUCAUGUACAUCUACUUGCCGAUGGUGUUCGGCGAUCGAUUCGUCCCGUAUCUGCCGCAAGUCGUUCCGCCGAUCCUCAAGGCGCUCGCCGAUGAGAAUGAGUAAGUUUUAACGUUUUUGAACAAAAAUGUUUGCAUUCUAACUACCUAAAAUAUAAAAUAAGACUGAAAAUCGCCCGUUUCAGCGCGAAACUUUGAAAUUUCCUAUCUAGAACCUUCUAAAACACCUCUCUUUUUCCAGAUACGUCCGCGCGUCGGCGCUGAAAGCGGGUCAACGUCUCAUCUCGCAAUACUGCUCACACGCUCGUAAAUUGCUCCUGCCGCAACUCCAACUGGCGCUCAUGGACGAGAACUGGAGAAUCCGCUAUGCGUCGGUCCAACUCAUCGGCGACUUCCUGUUCAACAUCUCCGGAAUCUCCGGAAAAUCGACGUCCUCCACUGCCGACGAGGACGAUACGAUGGGAAUGGAGCAGGCCGGAAAGGUGAUCGUGCGCGCGCUCGGCCAGAAGGACCGCGACCGCGUGCUCGCUGGGCUCUACCUCACUCGAUCGGACGUCGCGUUGGUCGUUCGUCAGGCGGCCGGACACGUCUGGAAGAUGGUCGUGUCGAACACACCGCGAACGCUCAAGGAGGUGACGAAGGUGCUGUUCGAGAUGGUCGUCGAUUCGCUGGCCUCGAGUUGCGAGGAGCGGCAGCAGAUGGGCGCGAGGUGUCUCGGAGAACUGGUGCGCAAGAUGGGCGACAAGGUGAUCAACGAGAUUCUGCCGGUGCUCGACCUCAAUCAGAAGUCGGAGGAUAUUGCGAAGCGAGUCGGAGUGGCGAUUGCGCUCCACGAAAUCAUCGGAAAUAUGAGCAAGGAGGUCACCAAUCACUACCUGACAGCCAUAGUCGAGCCCGUGCGUCACGCGAUCUGCGACGAGUCGGAGCUGGUGCGCGAGGCGGCUGCCGAGACAUUCACAGUGCUCUUCCACGUCGUCGGAAACGAGGCCCUCGACGAGAUCAUCUGUCCGCUUCUGGAGGAGCUCACGCCCGAACAAGACCACAUUCUCGCCGGACUCUGUGACGUCAUGCGACAGAACGCCAAGGCGAUGCUGCCCUAUUUGCUGCCGAAACUCACGAAGCCGCCGGUCAACGUGCACGCCCUUUGCUCGCUGGCCUCUGUCUCCGGAGACUCGUUGUCCCGGCAACUUCCGAAGGUGCUCGACGCGCUUCUCGCCUCCUGUGAGACGAACGACGAGGCGGAUCCGAUGAUCGACUCGUGCGAGAAGGUGGUGAUCGCUGUCACCGACGAAGACGGAGUCCCGGUUCUCGUGGAUUAUCUCAUCAAGAGGGCGGCUUCCGACGGAAACGUGCCUGCCGCAGUGCUCCUCAACACCUUCAUCGCAAAGAGCGGAGUGUCGUUGGCCGAAAUUGCCGAGAGUGUUCUGCCGGGCCUCAUCAACCUGUAUGCCUCGGAGAAUCCGCAAAUCGUCGAUCACAUCAUCGGAGCGGCGGUGGCGCUCACGCAGUCUAUGGACCAGAAGGAUCUGAUGAGCGUGCUGCCGACCGUCAAAAAAGCCAUCAAUAUUGUGGUGGCCGGAGCGAAAGGACAGCCGAUUCCGGGAUUCGCACACGUUAAAUCUCUUCAGCCGCUCAUCGUCAUGCUCCGCGAGAGCAUUCUUCAGGGACAAGUCGAGAUGAAGGCAUUGGCCGCCGAGGCUCUCGGAAUGGUCGUGAAGGUGUCCGAAGUGACGGCGCUCAAGCCGCACGUCGUCAAUAUCACCGGACCGCUGAUUCGUGUGCUCGGAGACCGUUUCCCGCCGAACGUCAAGCUGCCGAUCAUCGAAACGCUCAGCAAACUGCUCGAUAAGGUCGACGUGAUGCUCCGUCCGUUCCUCCCACAGCUUCAGACCACAUUCAUCAAAGCCCUUCAAGAGCCGUCGUCCCGUCCGGUCCGUCUGGCCGCCGGAGGUGCUCUCGCCCGUCUUCUCCGACUCCAUCCGAAACCCGAGGCGACGAUGACCGAACUGCUGAAGCUGCUCGCCACUUCUUCGGACGAACAGCUCAUCGAAUCGUCGCUGGCCACCGCGCGUGCUGUCGUUCAGACGUGUGCCGAGAAGAUGUCGCAGCCGACUGUCGAUGAAAUCUACCGUGUCACCGAGAUCAUUUAUUCGCCGGCACUCGAGAAUCCGACCGAGUUGGACGGCUCGUUGACCGCCUGCUCUGGAGCUCUUCUCGGAGAAACCAUCGCGCGCAAAGAGGACUGGAACACUGCCGAAACUAGUGUCCUGGCUGGUAAGAGCUCACUUGACAUAAAAAUGCUCAUUUCCAAAUUUCAGAUGUCGAAUCCGCGAGAACGCCACUGCGUGUGAGACAAGCCAAGGCGACCGCCCUCCAGCAGAUCUGUCUGUGCGCGGCCGAAGGUCUCUGGUUCUCGCAGGCCAACUCGUCGUGCCGUACUGCGUUCACCUCCGGCUUCACGGCCACCGACCCGCUUGUGGCGAUGGCGUCGCUCCGUGCGGCCGCCCACGUCCUUCAGAGCACAAUCGACCGAGAUCUCCUGUCCGCAGUGGCGCGAGCGCUCAACCACGCUUCUGUCGACGUGCGGAAAACGGCGGCGUUGGCGUUGGGACACGUCGGAGAACACGAGGAAUUGACGAACGACGUGCUGAAGUUGGUGGUGCCGCAGCUGGUGAACGGUUGCAAAGAGAGCAAUACGGCUGUGAGAAGCGCGUCCGAACUGGCGCUGGUGCACGUGUUGCGAAUGGCGGAGGACGAGGAUAAGUUUGAGGUGAUUCAAAGAUGAUAUGCCAAAAAGUUCAGUCGAAAAUUAGCUAUUUUGAUUAUUUAUACUAUUCUUAGUUCAUUUCUAUAGAAGCUCGCAAAUCUAAAGCAGUUCUUUCGGAAAAUUAUGUUGUUUCACACGUGUUUACACUGUAGAUUUAGCUUUUUGUCGUUUCUCACUAAAAACUGGCUUUAUUUGCAGAACUACCGAUCCACGCUGGAAGGAGUCGUCCAACGGAAUCUCGACGAGGUGCGCGUCAAUUUGGCACGUGCCGUCAGAGCCGGCGAUCUCGAUCUGGAGCCACUCGACACCACUCUUUCGGUUUUCUGA